AUGGAUUUAAAAAUCACGGAGCAGACCUCGUUUGACCUUGAUAAGAAAAUCUGGGAUAGUGGGAUUGGAUUAAGCUCUUGGUUGGUUGGCCUCUGCAAUCGUACCAAUUUAGAUUCGGAUAGUGCCGCCGUCAGACAGAUGAGGGACGCGUUGUUUUCCUCUGAACGUCGUACAAUUCUGGAACUAGGAGCGGGAACGGGCCUUGUUGCAAUUGCGAUUGCAGCAUUACGAUCUGCAAGUAAUCUCCCCGAUGACAUUAUCGCCACCGACGUCUCAUCUGCAAUGCCUCUCCUCGAACAAAAUAUCUCAAGUAAUCAGCACACAUUCACAACGUCUCCAAAAGCCGUCGUACUAGACUGGGACGACGAAGACUUCCCACAAGAUGUCACCGGCCUCGAAGACGGGCUUGACGCCAUUGUGAUGGCCGACGUCACAUACAACACCGCGUCAUUUCCCUCGCUCAUUCGGACUCUCGAUAAACUAUUGCGCUUGGGCUCUAAACCGUCUGCGAUCCUGUUGGGAUACAAGGAAAGAGAUGCAGCUGAAAGGACGUUGUGGGAUAUGGCAGCUGAAAUUGGUGUAGAAUUUGAGAAAGUUGGUGAGAGGGCGGGAGCUGGCGGUGCCCCUGUUGAGAUUUGGAUAGGACAUUUGCGAGAGUAG